GAGCUGUUAUCGAAUAUGGUAGUCAUUUUGAACUAAUAGCUAAAGGUGGCACAUGUUAUAAUCUUUUUAAUGUUCAACAACUUCAACAAAAUAUUGAAGUUGGUAAAAUUAUUGUUCAAAGUGAAGGUUUAUUGGUUUUGAUUGUGAAUGGCUGCAUAUAUCUAAUAUUUGCUGUUAUCUUUUCAAAUAUUCUUCAAUCGUUUACAAAAAUUGAUAAUGAACUAAAACGUGAUGCUGAAUUUUGGUCAGUCAUGUUUUUAGUCAUUGCAGUGGGCACUUUAAUUUGCAACUUUAUUCAAGAUACUGCAUUUGGAUAUUCUGGUGAAAAACUUAUACUCAGAGUUCACUCAGCAACAUUUGCUUCAAUAUUGAGACAAAAUAUUUCUUUUUUUGAUAAAGAAAGGCAUAUCACAGGUCAGUAA